AUGAAGUAUCUUAUCAUCUUUGUGCUACUGUGUCUGCCAGUUUGCUUGGCUUACCCACUAGACAAGACAAUGAAGAAAGAUUCAAACCUAAAUUUUGCACAGAAAUACCUAGAAAAUUACUAUAAUUUUGGAAUAGAAAUGAAAAAUUUUGUGAGAAGAAAUGACGGGAGCCCAGUGGUUAAUCAAAUCCAAGAAAUGCAGAGGUUCCUUGGAUUGAAGGUGACAGGAAAGUUGGACUCUGCCACCCUGGAGGUGAUGCACAAGCCCAGGUGUGGAGUACCUGAUGUUGGUCACUUCACUACCUUUCCUGGUUCACCCAAGUGGAGGAAAACUCAUCUUACUUACAGAAUUGUGAACUAUACGAUGGAUAUGUCAAAAUAUGCUACUGAUUCUGCCAUUGUGAGAGCUCUGAAACUCUGGGAGGAGGUGACACCUCUCACAUUUUCCAGGAUUUAUGAAGGGGAGGCUGACAUAAUGAUCUCUUUUGCAGUUAGAGAUCAUAAAGACUUUUAUCCUUUUGAUGGACCUGGAUUUUCUCUGGCUCAUGCCUAUCCGCCUGGGCCAGGAAUAAAUGGAGAUAUUCAUUUUGAUGAUGAUGAACAAUGGACAGAGGAUUAUUUAGGAACCAAUCUAUACCUUGUGGCUGCUCAUGAAGUUGGCCAUUCCCUGGGUCUCUUUCAUUCGAACAACCCUGAUGCUUUGAUGUACUCACUCUACAAGGAACCCACAGACCUAACCCACUUCCACCUUUCUCAAGAUGAUGUGAAUAGCAUUCAAUCCCUCUAUGGACCUCCACCUUCCUUCUCUGAUAUAACCAUGGUGCCUACAGAACCCAUUCCUCCAAAAUCUAAGAAGCCAGACAUGUGCGACCCUGAAUUGUCCUUUGAUGCAGUCAGUACUCUGAGAGGGGAAACUCUCUUCUUUAAAGACAGGUAUUUUUGGCGCAAAAUCCGCUUGGAUCAGAAACCUCAAAUUGUUUUAAUUUCGGCAUUUUGGCCCUCUCUUCCAUCAGAGUUGGAUGCUGCAUAUGAAGUGAAUAGCAAGGAUACAGUCUUUGUAUUUAAAGGAAAUCAGUUCUGGGCCACCAAAGGAAGUAAGAUGGAAGCAGGUUAUCCAAGAAGCAUCCACACACUGGGCUUUCCUCCAACUGUCAAGAAAAUUGAUGCAGCCUUUUCUGAUAAGGAAAAUAGUAAAACCUACUUUUUUGUAGGAAAGAAAUACUGGAGAUUUGAUGAGAAUAGCCAGUCCAUGGAUAAAGGCUUCCCCAGACUAAUAACUGAGAACUUUCCAGGAGUUGUACCAAAGAUCGAUGCUGUAUUUCAAGAAUUCGGAUUUUUUUAUUUCUUCAGUGGUUCAUCACAGUUUGAAUUUGACCCUAACGCCAAGAUGGUGACACAGAAGUUGAAGACUAACAGCUGGUUAGGUUGUUAA